CCCCCCCAGAUGGACCCCUCCAGCUUGGGGCUGCUGGGCCGCGUGCUGGGCCUGGAUCACUCCGGAUACGACCAUGCACACAACUCCUGCCUCAACGUGACGCAGCUGCUGCUGAACUUCGGGUUGGAUGCAGGCUCACAGCUCACCCCGCAGCAGUUCACGCUGCUCUGCCCCGCGCUGCUCUACCAGAUCGACAGCAGGGUCUGCAUCCACCACCGCGACGAGGUGACGUGGUCCCCAGCGGGGGGGGCCCUGUGGCCAGCUCUGGGUUGGGCUCUGCUGGCCGUCACCUUCAUCAGCGUCCCGUCGGCCGUGGCUGUGGCCGUGGUGCCGCUGCUGAGCCUCGGGCAGCUCCACGCUCUGCUCUCCUUCCUGGUGGCGCUGGCGGUGGGGACGCUCUGCGGGGACGCCCUGCU